AUGGGGCCCUCCAAAAGCCUCAGCAGCAGCAGCAGCAGCAGCAGCAGCUGCAGCAGCAGCAGCAGCAACUGCAGCAGCAGCAGCAGCAGCUGCAGCAGCAGCAGCAGCAGCAGCAGAAGGGAUGUGUUGCUGUUGAUGGUUGUGUUUACCACUGCUUCGUUGCUGCGGCUGCUGCUGCAUGUCAGUGUUGUGUCUCUCCCCAGCAGCUUGCUGCUGCUGUGCGGCAGCAGCAGCAGCAGCAGCAGCAGCUUCGACGAGGGUUUAGCUAGAGAGACAGUGGGGCUGCAGCCUUUUGCUGCUGGGGUGUAUAGUCACCUCCCCCCUCUUUUCUCUCUGCUGAAGGCAGUUACAGGCUGCAGCAGCAGCAGCAGCACCAGCAGCAGCAGCAGCAGCAGCAGCAACAGCAGCAGCAGCAGCUGCAGAGAUUCCGCGUUUCUGCUGCUGCUGCUUGUCGAUCUGGGUAUUGCUGCUUCUCUUGCUGCAGCAGCAGCUUCUAUACAGCAACCCAAGCAAGAAGAGCAGCAGCAACAGCAGCAACAGCAGCAGCUGCAACAGCAGCAGCAGCAGCAGCAGCAGCAGCAGCAGCAGCAACCGAGGGAAUGCAGAAACACCUCGCGCUUCAUCCGCCCCUGGGUUGCUGCUGCUUUUUUCCUCUUUCAUCCUUACACUGUUAUAAGCAGCAUCAGUCUGUCUUUUCAGAGCCUGCCGCGGCUGCUGCUGGCGGUGACGAUUGCCGCUGCUGCUGCUGCUGCUUCACGUUCAGCAGCAGCAGCAGCAGCAGCAGAAACAGCAGCAGCAGCAGCAAAAGCAGCAGCAGAAAUAGCAGCAAAUUCAACCAAGGCUACGGCACCAUCGACAAAGACCGAGCAGCAGCAGCUGCAGCAGCAGCAGCAGCAGCAGCAGCAGCAGCUGCAGCAGCAGCAGCAGCAGGCGCUGCGGAUGAGGGGCCGGCUUAGACAUGGGCUGCAGCCUCUCCCGCCAGAAAAAGCAGCAGCAGCAAGUGCUGCUGCUGCAGUAUGGCGGGGUUUUGUUUUUUUGAUAGCCACAGCAGCAGCAGCAGUUCUGCUUCUUGCUGCUGUUGCUGCUCAAGCCAACUGGGACUGGGUAAGCACAGCAGCAGCAGCAGCAGCAGCAGCAGCAGCAAGUGCAGCAGCAGCAGCAGCAAAUACAGCAACAGCAAUAGUAGCAGUGGCAGUUUCAGCAGCAGCAGCAGCAGCAGCACUGUCAGGCACAGCAGCAAGAGAACAGUCAGCAGCGGCAGCAGGAGAAACUGCAGCAGCAGCAGCAACAGCAGCAGCAGCAGCAGCAGCAGCAGCAGCAGCAGCAGCAGCAGCAUGUGUUUUUGUGUGGCAGGCACCAGGUCAGCGUAGGCCUCCCAUGAUUAGGGCGCUAGGGUUUGUGCUGAUGGUUCCGGUGGCUCUGCGUUUUGUUGGGGACCCCCUGGCUCACUGCCAGGCUGCUUUGGCGCUGAUGUUUCAACAGAACCCCGGCCUAGGAGACUUCGCCUUCCUCCACGUUCUGCUGGCCUUUCACUUGAGGGACAUCUUCCAGCGUAUAGCUUUUUCGAAGCUCGUGGCGUUGGCGCUGGUGGUGUCUCCGCUGAUGCCUGUGGGGUUUUCUCUUUGGAUGGAUCGGGGAUCGACUGCUCCCAACGUGGCCUUCAGCAUGCAGACUCUGCAUCAUCUCUUUACAUGCCUUCUUGUGGCGGAGACCGUUCGAGUUGCUGCUCACAGGCAGCAGCGCUACGAGCGGCAGCAGCAGCUGCUGCUGCAGCAGCAGCAGCAGCAGCAGCAGCAGCAGCAGCAGCAGCAGCAGGAGGCUGCUUCAAAUUAA